GGUCAUGAUACCACGCUCGAGCAUGCUAACAACAGUGCCCGUCUAGGUAGUGAACCCAGAAGCCCACUUGCUCAAUUUGGGUUCUUCAAAAAUAUCUCGGAGAAGAAGGUGACGACGAGAGAUGGUCAGCCAGCGAAAAGAAGAGGGCCCAAGCCAGACAGUAAACCAGCCUUGACUCGGCGACAGGAGCUCAAUCGUCAAGCACAAAGGCAAGUGAAUGCAUGUACUGACUCCAAUUCAAGGACGCACCGAGAACGAAAAGAGAUGUACAUCAAGGCCUUGGAGCAAGAGGUAUUGCGUUUGAAAGAGACGUUCUCAAACACAUCACGAGAACGAGAUGCUUUUGCCGAAGAGAAUCGGCGACUGAAGGAACUUCUCAUGGCUCACGGUAUCACCUUCGACUUCGCAAGCCCCAUGAUGCAAGGUGUUCCUUCUUCUGCGUACGAUAGCUCCACUGGCAGUGUAUCAGGCUACGGCCCAGGAUCAACGUCGACCGGCUACACGUCGCCUCCGAGUCUACAGCAUCACGGAUCCUCCAACUCGAACGAAGGCAUGAGCCAGUCACAUCUGGGUCUUCAGCAACAGGGGAUGGACUUGGAUCAAAUCGGGAUAGACUUUGUUUUAACCCUAGAGCGUCCCUGCAUGGAUCACAUGCAAUUCCUGAUGGUACGCGCCCACGAUGCCGAAGAGACGAUUAGUGGACAUGCGCUCAUGGCCACGGCGCCGCCUGACUCGCACAUUGCGACCUGCCCGCAGGACAAGUAUCCGCACCAGAUGCCGGAUAUUGCGAUGCCAGAUCUGAUGAAGUUGCUGGAUCUCAGCGCUCGUCUUCCUCUCGACGGGGAAAUUACACCGAUCAUGGCGUGGGCCAUGAUGUUGCAGGAUGAGAGGUUCGGGGAGCUUUCCAAGGAGGAAAUCUUGCUCAUCAAGGAGGAACUGCUCGCCAAAGUGCGGUGCUACGGCUUUGGCGCUGUUCUUGAAGAGUUCGAGGUGCGCGACGCGUUUGCUACGGUCCUCGUCGCGAAGAACUGA